AUGAAUGUGGAACGGGAGUACUCAGUGGUGGGCACAUGGGAGCACACGAAUGAAACCCUUGCAGUCUUAGAGGCUUACGUGCCGCGCUAUUUCGCAGAUGCCUCCAAAAUGUAUUACUCCGGCUUACAUUCAGAUAAGCAAAAUGUUAACCCAAUGAAGCCACAUAUUCCGCAGAACAUUUUAGACAUGGUUCGUCGGAAUUUCACUCGGGAAAUUGAAUUUUAUCAGUUUUGUCGCCAGCGGUUGCACAAACAGUACUUGGCCCUCAAGCUGAACGAUCUCAAGCGAGUGGACAAGUCGUUGGCCAGGUUAAGUGAGGCCAAGGAAAUGGCCAUCAGCAACUAGACUACUUAGAUAUAUUACAAAAUAAAUCAAUAAAGAUGAGAGGAUAAACAAUCUCAGAAUCCUA